AUGAUUGAAUUGCCGAAAAGCAAACGAGAUCCCAAAGAAACUGAAGAUUUGUGCAAAUGUCGGCCAGUGUGUAAGAGUCGCAGGCGAAUAUGGAAGGGCGCGCUCCAAAAACCAUCAGAAGAACUCCUUCUUGAAAGAAAACCUCCAUACCUGUGCUACAGAAGAUGGCCAACGAAAGUGUAUCCCAAUAGUCCGUGUCCAUUAUUUGGUCGUACCAAAGGCGUCACCAUACAGGAACGGAAUGCUCCCCAUAAGCCCCAUGUGGUAAGGAUAUGUCAGGCUCCUGUAGAUGACACAGCUGACACACCUUACUUAAGAUGCGCAGAGUUGGCAAGGGCAUUGGGUGCUUGGGGGGCAGUAAAGGCUAGCUGUGCUUUUUGUGAGUGCGGUGCAUGCUGUCCAUGCGGCAUUCGCGAUUACCUGCUCCACGACGCUGAGCGGAAAGCGCGACGACGCUCCGACAUGCGCGAGUUUGAUGCACGAGUGAAGACUGACCACCAGAUAAUGCGUAUCAUGUACGACAAGGAGUAG